UUGAAAAGAAAAUUUUUAAAUUCUUUCGUUAGGAACUUCGUUUCAAUCAAUAAUUAGGUCAAAUUCCUGCAACGCUCUGUACUUACCUCAACUUUGGAUAGUCCAGAGAGAAAUGCGGCAAGAAGGAGAAUAAAUAGGAAGAAGUCGCUCUUGUUAAGUUUGUAAACAAAUAGAAGUUAUCCCUGCUGUUGGGCUUUAUCUUGCUAUGAAUAAUGCCAUUCCUACAAAGAGUAAUUGAACCAGUGCAUGUAUGUAGAAAUACUCUUCCUUUGGAUGAUCAAGGAGUUCUUGCUGUAGAGGUGCCAAAUGAAUUAGAAUGUGUUACAAAUGGAACAUUAGCUAAUAUAAUUCGACAGUUAUCUUCCCUAUCAAAGCAUGCUGAAGAUUUGUUUAGCAGUUUAUUUCGGGAGUCAUCCUCCAUAGUAGCUAGGGCAAAUUCUCUUCAAGGACGUAUUGAUCGAUUAGCUGUUAAAGUUACACAAUUGGAUUCUACAAUAGAAGAAGUAUCAUUGCAAGACAUUCAUAUGCGAAAAGCUUUCAAAAGUUCCAUAGUUUAUGAACAACAAGUUGUUUCCAGAGAAUCAAUGCCUGCAGCUAUGAGAGAAACAUAUUUUAUGUGUGAUAAACCUCCUCCAUUAGACAAACUAAAUCCAUAUAGAGAGGAUGGGAAAGAUGGUUUAAAAUUUUAUACUGAUCCUAAUUACUUUUUCGACUUGUGGAAACAAGAGAUGUUAAAAGACACAGAAAAAAUGAUGCAUGAUCGUGGGAAAAAGAUUUCCCAUUCCAAAGAAAUACCAGAGAAUCCUAAUCAGAGAAUUAGACCUGAAUGCAAGAAGCAUCGAAAAAGUCGUCAGCCUCAUGCAUCAAAAGAAAAAUAUAGGCAAAAUAUGUCAUCUAAGGAAGUUGAAGCAAUUAAUUAUUACCCAUAUGGAGGGGCUGUUUCUAGACUUGGUAAUCAUAUUCAACCUGAUGCUCAAGCCAUUCGGCCCAACAGCUUAGAAAUCCAUUCAUCAUAUUUCAAUAGACAACAAGUUUCAUAUUCUGAAGGUACAAAACCUCAAUAUCCUCCACCACCACCAGCUUACACUGAGCAUCCUAUAUCACCUCAGAAACAUUAUCCACCUCCACCAUAUGUUGCAGCUACUCCUGAAAAGCAAAUCACUUCACCUUCUGAUACGCCAACAAGAAACAUUUAUCGCAUAAACUCUCUCAGACCAUCACAGCCACCACCUGCUCCACCUCCUAUAAGUUCUGGUAGCUCUAGUGGAUCUUCUACACCCACUGUGUCAGUUGGUACACCAUCUAGUGGUACAGGUCGCUACCGUAAUCAUGCACAAAGGGAUAACUUGCCUCCUCCACCCCCACCCCCUGUGGCUCCUGCAACUGAAUCUCCAGUAUCACCAACUGCUAAAGAAUCUCAAGAAUCUAAAGUUUCUACACCUUCUCCAGUACAUAGUCCAAAAGAUAAAUCAGAAACAAGUGAAAAUAUCGAAAAGCAAAGUAUCAGUCCAAAGAGUAUAUCUGUGCAUAGUAGCAACAGCAGCACUAAAUCAAGUCCUGAUAAGACGGUUGAUGAAGUGAUUGCUGUGGAAGAAGUUGAUCUUCCACCUCCUCCUCCAUUACCUCAAAUAAAUGGAAGUGAAGAAGAGGUGAAAGCGCCAGUAAUUACUCAAAAUUCUACUAAUCAACCUGAGGUGCAGGUACCUAAUGCUCCUCCUCCACCACCACCUCCUUUGCCUCCACUCGAAGAUCUGGUGUUGGAUAUUGCGGAAAAUGGCAGCAUUUCAGAGCAUCAGAAUAUAGAGGUUGUUUCUAUAACAUCAGAAUCUGCAAGUGAAACUUCAAGUGUCAGUAAGUUUAGUGAACAUUUUGAUGGAAAAUCAAAACUUUCUGGUCAUAAUGAUGGGCGUAGUGAUCUUUUGGCUGCAAUCAGAGAAGGAAUCAAAUUACGUCGAGUUGAAGACAAUAAACAGAAAGAAGUGGAAAAAUCAGCUCCACUGCAUGAUGUAGCUUCAAUUUUAGCCCGAAGAGUUGCAAUGGAAUUCUCUGAUUCUGAUUCGCCAUCUGGUAGUGAAUAUGAUAGUGAUGGAUGGGAGGAAGAAGCAGAGCAUGCCAAAACAUAACAGAAGCUGUAUCAAAAUGCUGGAAUGUCAUGAAUACUUGUCUAUUAAAGGAAGAUUGCAACAAUAAGCCAUCUAUCCUGUACACUGUGAUGUUUUUAAAAGAAACGGACCCCUAUUAGAACAAAGUUUUCCUUCCAGCUUAUUAAGCAGUAAAUUGUGUUCACUACUUGUUUAAAUUUUCAUCAUAAAUAUCUGAGUAGUUUGUUAUUAGUUUAAAUAAAUAAAUAUAUAUAUAUAUAUUAAAAUUUAUGUGUGAACUGUU